CCCGCGCCCGGCGGCGGCGGCCAGCGCGGCCCGGCGCGGCCCCGGAGGCAGCGAGCGCCGGCGCAGUAUAGCUUCCAUGGCCUGCGACGAAUUUACUGGUCUCUCAGAUAUCUUCACACGUCAAAACUCAGCCAGUGGUGUUUCUCUAGACUUUGAACCUGACGCUGACUACAAGUUUGUUGAAAGCCUAGAAGAACGGUACAAGUGUGCCUACUGCCACCUAGUCCUGCACAAUCCUCACCAGACAGGAUGUGGUCACAGAUUUUGCCAGCAAUGCAUUCUUUCUCUGAGAGAACUGAAUGCAGUACCCACCUGUCCUGUCGACAAAGAAACAAUAAAAAUGCAUGAGGUAUUCAAAGACAACUGCUGUAAAAGAGAAGUUCUUAACUUGCAAGUGUUUUGCAAAAAUAUUCCUGAUUGCAACUCAAAAGUAAUACUGGGACGAUAUCAGGAGCAUCUUCAGCAGUGUUUGUUUGAAAGUGUGCAGUGCACGAAUGAUGGAUGUUGCGAUCAAAUUCUUCGGAAAGAUUUGAAAGAUCACUUAAGUCAGCACUGUAAAUUUCGAGAAGAAAUGUGUCAGUACUGCAAUCAAUAUGUGGUCUUAAUCAACAGAAUGAAUCAUGAGAAAAAUGAUUGUCCUGACUAUCCAGUGCCUUGCCUCCAAAACUGUUCACAGAUAAUUCUGAAAAAGGAGAUUGAAAAGCAUCAGACUGUGUGUCCCGAGACUGAAGUGGACUGUCCCUAUAAACAGUACGGCUGUCUUGUAAAGGUUAAAAGAGGGAAACUUGCUGAACAUGAAAAUGGUGCCCUGAGGGAGCACAUGCUGCAGAUUUUAGACAAGAACUCCAGACUGGAAGAACAGAUAUCAGACCUCUGUAAGAGUCUGGAAUGUAAAGAGAUUAAAAUUCAACAGCUAGCAGAGGCAGUUAAAAAGUGCGAGAAGGAGUUCAGACAGUUUACACAGCUAUUUGGAAAAAAUAGCAAUUUGAUGGUAAGCACACAGGCUCUUGCCAGUCACCUGGAUAAAUCUGCACGACUGGAGUCACAAGUAAAACAGUUAAUACAAAUGGCAAACCAGCAACAAAGUAAAUUAGACUUGCGACCCCUGUUUGACACAAUUGAAAAUGUAAAACAGAAGAUUGCUCUUAUGGAGACGUAUGAUCAGCGCUUAGUUGUUUUGGAAGGUCAGUCCAGCAAGCAUGAUCUCCAGAUCAAUAUUCACAAAGCACAGCUCAAUAAAAAUGAAGAACGAUUUAAGCUUUUGGAAGGCACAUGUUACAAUGGAAAAUUAAUUUGGAAAAUCAUGGACUACAAGAUGAAGAAAAAAGAAGCAGUGGAAGGCCGUGUCCUCUCUAUAUUUAGCCAGCCUUUUUACACCAGCCGCUGUGGGUACAGGUUAUGUGCAAGAGCCUAUCUGAAUGGGGAUGGCUCAGGAAAGGGAACACACGUCUCUCUCUACUUCGUUGUGAUGAGAGGGGAGUUUGACUCACUGCUACCAUGGCCUUUCAAACAAAAAGUUACACUUAUGCUUUUGGACCAAAGUGGGAAAAAAAAUCACAUUGUGGAAGUCUUCAGAGCUGACCCCAACAGCAGCAGUUUCAGAAGGCCAGAUGGAGAAAUGAAUAUUGCUUCUGGAUGCCCACGCUUUGUGCCACACACAGUUCUGGAGAACACAAAGAAUACCUACAUCAAAGAUGACACUCUGUUCUUGAAAGUAGUUGUGGAUUUAACUGAUCUGGAGGAGCUGUGAAAAAAUACUUGAUAAUGUGACUGCUUUAACUAUGAAGAAAUGCUUUCUUGGUGACUACCAGCCUGCAAUAGUGAAUUGCCACUACUCAAGCUAUUGAUAGUGUUUUUGAGGCUUUUGGACUGCAUAACAGCUAAAGAAUUGCCAAAGCAUCAGUCUUUGUUUUUUUUUUUUUUUUAACUUUUUCAAGACUGCGAUUUUAAGGCAGCUAUAAGUCCAGUUUGAUGUUGUGAACAUGCAUUCAAACCAGUGUUUCAACUCGGCUCAGUACGUGUUGGAGAUGCAUGUUUGGCUCACAUCAGAAUACUGGCAUUUUGAGAUGAAUCUCCUCCAGUAAGCCCUUUGGAGCCCAGGCAGGCCUGUGGGUUCCCGUUAUUUACACAGAACUGAUAGCAUGCUCAUCAUCAUAGUGUGCAAGUGCAUUUCAUUCAUCUCAAAUGGAAACAUUUCAGUGUUACCAUGUUUGAAUUGGUGUAUCAUGAUCCCUCAAUUGCCUGAGUUUUUGAAGCAGGGAGAAUGGCUUUGGCCGGGCAGGGAAAACCUUAGCCAGGUAUCUUGCAUUCCCUUUCCUUCUUUUCCAGAAAGUCCAGAGGAAGAUGCCAAUGCCUCUUGCUUUUCUAACCUUGACAUUUCAGCUGUGUUGAGUACCCCAGCUCACAAUAGCUUUGUUAAUGUCCUUUCUAUUCCUGCCUAGUGCCUUGGGACUGAGUCCAACUGGUGAUAAACAUCCACAGUCCUCCCCCCGCCACCAUUUGAAAUCAAAAGAAGUUGCAUGUGUUUAUCACCUCUCAGGAUAUGGCCAUAAGCAGGGUAUUCAGCCAGCCUGUCAGCUCUUGGCUGCGCUGCUGGAAGAAAGGGGACAAAGCUCUAGUAUUUUUGCUCCCAUACCCAUGCAAAAGAAAUCUUUUCUGGCCUACCAGCUCUGUAGAAGGCAGUAAGAGCUUUGGAUAUCUGCUUGUGGAAAGGCCUGCAUUGCAUGCACUGUUCCCCUCUGAUGUUUGAGGGAGGAGGGAGAAAAUGGAUUAGGAGAUGAGGUUGCUAUAUGAAUCCAGUUCUCCCUGGUCAUGAAGAUCUAGUAUUUGUUAAAAGGAGAGAUAGCUACUGAGUAACUACUGAUAACUGUGAAGUACUUCUGAAGAUCUUAAUUUUUAUUCCAAGUUCCUUCCAUAUUGCAAGGGAGUGUGUGCACUGUAUGUGGUUUACUGGAGACAGAACAAAAAUGCCAAGGUCAGGCACUGAGGAACACGUAACAAAGAAUACAUGUGCCUUUCAAAAGCCUUAUAGGUACCUGUAAGAGGGAUCUAAUUUUGCACGCUCAGUCGUUUUGUUGCUAUAAGUGACAGAAUUCUGUGUCUCUGUCAUCUCUUACAGAUCAGGUAUUGCAACGUCAAACAUAAUCCAUUGCUCCUGCAGUCCAAUGGCAGAGGAACCUUGAAUUUUUCAAAAGACAUAAGAAAUUAAGCUGGAUUUACACUAAGAGUAUACUAGCCAGGCUAAAAAUCAAAGUGGGGCACAGAAUGCAAGAAAUAAGGUAGAAAAUUCAAGAAGAGGGCAAAUGAGGCAAAAUCUAAAACAUCCAGACUUUCUGUGCAGAAUGUUAGUAUCAACUGAAAUAAUACAAUUUCAAGAUUGAUAUUAAGAUGAAAUCAAAAUACCCUAUUUUAUAUCUGAAAUCUCAUUACUAGGCAUUUACUUUCCCGUAAAGUUUCUAGGACAUAAUUCAGAUAUACAUAUUUUCAAAAUCAGGGAGUGUACGGGGAAAGAAGCCUAAGUUAUCCAUACCUUCUGGUGAGUUAGCACAUCUCAACGCUAUUUCAGUUUACAUGGUACUUGCGUCCUUUUUUGCUGUACGAUGUCAGUGUGUACUGGACCACUGUAGGGGUUUUCUGUGUUCCCAGGGACAGUUGGUGAGGGCCAAAUUUUAUUCUCUUGUGCAGUCCUUAUUGACUUUAACAGCCAUUGUGUCUGUGCAACAAAGAGAAUUAGGCCUUAUGUCCAUAAUACUUUGUUACAUAAAGAAUAAGCUUGUUGUAAAAUGGUGUGGCAUUGUAGGACAUAAAUUAUGAGUCAUUGAUGUGGGCUUCAUGUGGAUUAUUACUUUAAUAUUUUCCGUGUAACUUUCAAAGUGGCACAACUUGAAUAGCAACCACUAAUACAGAUGGAAAUGUAGUAUCCAUGUUUCCUAGAACUCUUUAAUACGUUAAAUGUAAAAUAUAGAAAGUGAUAAAAAACGUAGAGAACUGAGGCAAGAAGGAAACAGCACAGUCUGUAUUUAAGGAAAUUACUAACCCUCUCUGCCUCCACCGCCCCAAAUGUAAAAUGGGGAUAAUAAUACUUGCAAAAGUGUUGGGAGUCUUUAAAUGUUUGUGAAGAUUUUUGAGCAUGACAGCAGCUAAGUAUUAUUACAACUCCAUUUCUGAGUGUUAGAAUAGAUGAUGGCAUUGUGAUGUUGGUAAGUGUUCAGUGUGUUCUUGGACAGAUGUUGAAAGCAUGUUAAUUUUAAUGAAUCCAUACUGUAAUCUCUCUUCCUCUACUUACCAGCUGGUUUUAUUUUUUUAUUUUUUUUGGCUGCAAAUAUUCCUUUUAAAAUUUUGAAGCACAAAUUCCGGGUGAUGGAAACAUCCCUUUUGAAGUACUGCCUAUUUUAUAAUGAAUUAGUUGUGAAAAUUAAUUUUUUAAAGAUGACUUUAUUUAAAUCAGUUCAUUUUAUUAAAAUAGUUGAGAGUUUUAUGUUUAGUUUUUCAGAGUUUUUUACUACUAUAAACUGGAUUUUAAAUAACAUCCCAUUCCUAAUAAAGUGUUAGAUAGCAUGAAUAUUAGGGAAGAAGUUAGAUGUUGCAUGAAAAACACCAAAAAACUUUUCAAUUAUGUUGUAUUGGGUAAAUAACUGAAAGAACAUACAGUAUUCCUACACAGUAUGUUUUUAAUGUAUUUAUUGACAGAUUUGUAGUUGUUUGAAUAUCCCUUACUACAAUACAGACAUUUUUCUAGCCAAAUGUCAUAACUGUAUACGUAAACGUGU